GCAGGCAGGUAUUUGGUAUUGGAGUUGGUUAAAAAGCAUUUCCGCUUGGUUAGGAACAAGUUCUGAAAGCUACACGUGUGUUAGUGAUUGUGGAGAGCGUGCUGCAGUGAUGGGUAAAAAAGCAAGUAAACGGAACACGUUUAAUUACAACGCGGACAGAAAGAAGUUAAAAAAGAAGAUGAUCAACAAGUACAGGCCGAGGAUUGAAUGCGCUCAGAUCCGGAAAGCUUGGGAUAUCAAGAAAUCAGCCAAGCGGAACAUGCAGGAAAUGGGCCUGACAUUCGGAACCAAAGGAUUACUUCCCAUCACGAGCAAGGCCAAAGAUGAACCUGUGGCUCAAGUCGUGAAACCCUACGUGGUCAGAGAAAUGGAAGAAGAGGCCAGUCUGCCGAGAAAGGACACCACGACGUGCUCGACCGAUCUCAUCGAAUAUGUUCAGCAUAUGAUCAGGGAACACGGCGAAAACUACAAGGCCAUGGCCCGAGAUGAGAAGAACUACUAUCAAGACACGCCGAAACAAAUCAAGAGGAAAGUGGACUUGUACAAGCGCUGUCACGCCGAGGAGCACGCCGCGUUCGUCGCCUCUUUACGAGCGCGAGAACAGACGUCGUCCUGAACGAAACUCUCGCGUCGGGAUCGGACCGGAUGGACCGCGUCUAUACGUGAUAACGUACGUGUGUGUAUAUAAUGUAUUUUAUGUUAUGAUUGUUUGCCGAGCGAUCCUGUUUUACUCUUGGUUGUAUGAUGUCAUAAGAUGACUUCUGUAUACAAAAAAAAAAAUAAACUUUUAGUGAAAUCCG